UGAGAAAUUACACGAAGUAGGGCAGGAAGGAUAGUGGGUGGAGUUAGAGUUGUGGCGUCCGACAACGGAAGGAGGAAGUGACUGCGCCAUGUGGGUGAGCGGCUGAGUGCUGCUAAUGUGUUAGGUUUAUAGAUUUCUGAAAUGGAAACAGAGAGUCUGUCUCCCACUGUUUUUGGUUCUCUCUGCUAUGUGAGUGAUCAUAGAGGAUUUUUUGGAACAAUAAAAAAUUCUUCAGCUGAUUUUGUGGUAACAGAAAUUGAUGUCUCUGGUCAAUUAGUUACAGAAGUGCAAGCAAGACAUGAAAAAUCAACAGAAAAAUCCGAAAGAAAUGGUGCACAAGACAUUAUUAGGAAGCAAAGAAUAAACCCAAAAGACGCAGAACGUAAAGGGACAACAUGUGAAUUUACAGAGUUUGCCACUGAUAUUUCUGGAACUGGUGGAAGUCAGGUGCAGACAUCUGAUAUUGUUGAAGAUGAUUGUGAACUGGAUCCCUGCUGUUUGCUGUAUCCUGUCUUGGAUGUACAUGUUCAAGAGUCUUUAAACCAGUUUGCAUGUACUGUAAGAUCUGUUUGGAGAUCCUCAGUGACAGCAAAUGACUUAAGUGAGCUUUCUUUGGGUUUAUAUCCUGAAAAGGAUGAGAGAGCUCUUAUCCAUAGUGCAGUGCGUCAGACAUUCCCUUUUCUUGUAACAUUUACCAAAAGCUCUGAACUUUUCGUUAAACCUAACUUGGAUUACCAAGAGCUUUGUCAGCUGACUUCUGAAAAGGAAGCAGAUGCUUUUUUUAAAUUCUUGGAUGCAAAGCUUGAAAAUUCCAGAUUUACAUUUAAUCCAGAUGACUGCAAAGAACAUAGGACAGCUGUGCACCAUUUUAUUAGUAAGAAAUUUGGAAAGCUAGUAGAAACAAAAUCAUUUUCGGAGAAAGACAUUUCUGGUCUACUUAGAGUAUGUAUAACUGUUAGAUUUCGAGAGAAAAUUGGCUCAUCCAGAAAAAGGAAUAGAACAGAGGAUACUGAAAAACAGGAUGUAUACACAGGCUUUACUCUUCAAAAAGACAAUCUGGAGACACUUGAAGCCAUUAGCUAUUUGUCCUGUAUACUUGGGGUUCUUCCUUCAGACUUCAGUUAUGCUGGAAUCAAAGAUAAGAAAGCCAUUACUUACCAAGCCAUGGUAGUUAAGAAAGUUACUCCAGAAAGGUUAAAGCAAAUAGAUGCCAUGAGUGAGAAAAAAGGAAUGAAAAUAAAAAACAUACACCCAGUAAAUAAACACCUGCAACUUGGGCACUUGAGUGGAAAUCACUUUAACAUUAUUGUAAGGGACAUACAAAACCACAGUGAUGAUUUAUCAGUAUAUGUUCAGGAAAGAAUUGAAGAAGCAGUUUACAACAUAAAGACAAAAGGCUUCCUUAACUACUAUGGACCACAGAGAUUUGGAAAGGGGCAGAAUUGCCAGUCACAUGAUAUUGGUUUAGCUCUGCUUAAGGAGGAAAUGGAGAGGGCUGUAACGUUACUACUUACUCCAGAUUCAUGUGAAGAUCCUGUUAAUAAUGCAAAACAAUACUUUAUUGAGACUGUGGAUGCAAAGGGAACACUUGCUUUAAUGCCACAUUACAAAAUUCGAGAGAGAAUGGUGCUUCGAGCAAUAAAUAGAUAUGGAAUGAAUAAUGAGGGAUGUGUGCGUGCAUGGCUCAGCCUUCCCCAUUCAAGUCGCAUCUUCUAUAUCCAUGCAUUUUGCAGUAAAGUCUGGAAUGAAGCGGCAUCCUACAGGUUUACAUUGUACGGAACAAAGGUUGUGCAAGGAGAUUUGGUAGACUGUAAUGAGUCUGCUAAUGAGAAUUCACUAGUUCAUAUUGUUACAGCAGAAGAAGAGGAGUCCAGUGCAUACACUAUAGAUCAAGUUGUGCUUCCUAUGCCUGGUUACAGUAUUAAAUAUCCUACCAAUAAAAUUGGACAGUGGUAUAGUGAAACUCUUGCCAAGGCUGGGUUACAGUCAUGCGCAUUUCGAGUUAGCAGCUUGCAGCUUAAUGUGCCUGGAUGCUAUAGACAUAUUUUAAAAUAUCCUCACGAUUUAUUUUAUAAACUGACUUUUGAAGAUCAAGCAAAAGGAACUGAAAAUAAGAUUGCUGAUGCAGGAGUCUCACUGAAGCCAGUUUUUGUAGUGGAAUUUGAUCUUGACUCUUCUUGUUAUGCAACAGUUUGUCUAAGAGAGAUGAUGAAAUGUAACUUUUGAUUCACCAUUUGAACAGAAUAUACAAUCUAAAAAUAAAUACAAAACAUGUU